UGUUUUGUUGAUAGAAACGCACUAACAAGGUCAAUUGGAGAUACCCUGGACCACCCGUGAAGCCCAGCAUGUCAGACAACGACUACCAAGACCUCGUCGUGAACGAUUCCCUGCUUGUUGGUAAGCCCUUGCUGUACUUCACCACUGUCUUCGUCUCGACAGGUGUGUUGCUCUUUGGGUUCGAACAAGGUGUUAUGUCUGGUCUGCUGACCAAUGAACACUUCAAGGAUUACUUUGCAAACCCUUCCAGCGCUGCGAUUGGAACGAUGGUUGCGAUUUUGGAGGUUGGAGCGUUGAUAUCGUCCUUGCUCGCUGGUAAGAUCAGCGAGAAGAUUGGUAGACGGAGAAGCAUACGGUACGGGUCGUUCAUCUUUGCAAUUGGUGGAGCUAUCCAGGCUCUGACGCCAAAUUUCAUCGUGCUGACCGUGGCACGGUUCAUCUCAGGACUGGGAGUUGGUCUGCUGACCACGGUGGUGCCUGUCUAUCAGAGUGAAAUCAGUCCAAGCAAGCACCGUGGUCGAUUGGCAUGCGUUGAGUUCACGGGGAACAUUGUCGGCUAUGCCUCAUCCGUGUGGGCAGAUUACUUCUGCUCCUUCAUAGAGGGCAACAUGUCAUGGAGAAUACCACUGUCGAUCCAGUGCUGGAUUGCGAUCGCACUGUAUCUCGGGUCCUUCGUCAUUGUUGAGUCUCCAAGAUGGCUGUUAAACCAUGACCACGAUGCCGAGGGCAUCGUGGUGAUUGCAGAUCUAACCACAGGUGGUGAUGUGCAAGAUGAGAGGGCCAGAGCCGAGUACCGUGAAAUCAAAGAGGCCGUGCUGCUCCAUAGAUUGGAAGGUGAAAGCUCUUAUAGAUAUAUGUUCAAACGGUACAAGAGACGGGUUAUAAUUGCCAUGUCCUCACAGGCAUUCGCACAGCUGAACGGUAUCAAUGUGAUCUCAUACUAUGCGCCUCUGGUGUUCGAGCAGGCUGGAUGGGUUGGACGUGAUGCCCUGUUAAUGACCGGGUAUAACUCGGUCAUCUAUGUGCUCAGCACUAUCCCACCAUGGAUCCUCGUUGAUAAAUGGGGGAGAAGACCAAUCCUGUUGAGUGGUGCCAUCGUUAUGGGAUUGGCGUUGACCUUCAUCUCAUACGCAAUGUACGUCAACACUGAAACCACUAGACACGCCGUUGUCAUCCUGGUUAUCAUCUUCAACGCAGGGUUUGGGUACUCGUUUGGCCCAAUUCCAUGGUUAUAUCCUCCAGAGAUUGCUCCUCUGAGCAUCCGUUCCAAAGUGGCAUCGCUUUCAACUGCGUCGAAUUGGGCAUUCAACUGGCUUGUUGGUGAAAUGACACCGAUAUUACAAGAAUUGAUCACGUGGAGAUUGUACUUGAUACACUCAACUUCCUGUUUCGUGUCGUUCUUUGUCGUUUACCUGUUCUACCCAGAGACUGCUGGUGUGAGCCUGGAAGACAUGGAUUCGAUCUUUGACGAUAGAUCGUCAACCUUUUCGUUCCAUGGGUCAACAAACUACCAGCCAGUGGACACCGAGGCACAGCAUUCAAGUGACGAUAGAUACCUUUCCGGGGCAGCUGUUGCAAGACAACAGGCUCUGGUUCAACCUAACACGGUUUACGAUACAUCAUCACAGCUACCACCACCAUUGGGACCAUCGCUAGCGAGACAAAAGUCUGAGACGUCGUUCCGUCAGCAGCUAAACUCCUUCCAACAGGGCCAUAGCUCGUCACAGUUCAGUGUUGAGCCACCAGGGCUAGAGGAGAUUGCCAAAUAUAAGAACAGUGAUCAAAACUCGAUAACUACAUCGUUGAGACGUGGCAGUGCUACAGUUAGUAGCAUUGUUGGUAAAGUGUUGAACAAAAAAUCCAAGCAGGAUUCCACUGCUGGUGAUGAAGAGGACCAAGCAUUGACGAGUGACCAGGAAUCUUCAAACUCUGCUCAUUGAAUUAGACUUGAUAUAUAUUUUGUAUAUGUUUUCAUAAACUCUUUGGAUUCGGAAGUCUUC